CCUGGCUUGAUGUGAGCUUCGAGGCGAAUCCCGACGAGCAGCCUGGUAUUAUGAUUCGAACUCGUGUAGAGAAACGCGCGCCAUGGUGCCAUGUCUGGCGAUCGUCGAAUUGCUUUAUUGUCUGUACAAUGAGCCUUGCGAUUUUCACGGGUAAGUGGCCACCGUUACAAUAUCACUGCAUCGUUGAAAUCGAGCAGCUGUUAAUGAAUACCAUUCUCUCAGAUGAGCUUCUGUUCGCCUUCAUGCUACCAUUGUUGCCGACUGUCCUCGAACAGCGAAUUGGUCUCGAUCCGUCUUUGACACAGCGAUUCACGUCGAUUUUCCUGGCCGAAGGAGCUUUCAUAUCUGUGAUUUCUAGCCCAAUCUUUGGGUCAAUCGCCGAUGCAAUCUCCAGCAAAAAAACGCUCUUGUUGCUUUUACUCGUAUUGACUUUGAUCAGUACAGCAUGCCUAUCCCUCACAACCCACCUGACAUGGCUGUUUGCCGGGCGCUUCUUCCAAUGCCUAACAAGCAAUGGCAUAUGGAUCGUGGGAAUGUCCACCAUGGCUGAGAAUAUUGGGAGCGAGCACAUGGGAAAAAUUGCCGGAUUGACAAGCACACUCACAGCUGCGGGAACCACUGGCGGUCCUAUUCUUGCGGGAGUUUUAUUCGAGUUAGGAGGAUACUGGUGCGCUUGGAUGGGCCCAGCUGCGUUCCUGCUGGUCGACAUCACGAUGCGCCUUCUCAUGAUAGAAAAGCAAGACAAACCCGAACAGGGAGAUCAAAACCGGGAGCAAGACCCCUUACUGAAAAUUCAGCCCACUCGAUCGAACGAUGAUGAAUCGAAUAGUUCGACAUCGCUAGAGGGCCAGGGAUGGCUCUUCUACGCACUCAUAUUCCGCCAAUCGAGAUUCUCCAGUGGUGUCUUCUGUGCUUUCGUCUUUGCUCUGCUAAUUGGUUGCAUUGAAAGCACAUUGGCCGUGCAUAUCCGGAGUGCAUUUGGAUGGGGAGCGCUUCACGUUGGGCUUCUGCUGGCAUGGAUUCAGGGGCCUGGCAUAGUAUUGGCAGCUCCAGUAGGCUGGAUGAAAGACAAACAGGGCUCGCGGAUUCCGACAGCAGUCGGCUUUCUUGGAUUAUCACCGUUCCUCCUUUUUUCGGGGAUCCCAGGCAGCAAAGUGUUCCAAUGGGCAACGGACAAAUUUUGGGCACAGCCUCUGUACGUUGUUUGUAUGGCGCUGAUAGGGUGUCUUCUGUCUCUACUCAACGGGGUGGGUACGAUGCAGGCAACUGAAGCGAUUGAUAUACUGGAGGCCGAAAACCCUGGCGUUUUCGGUCCCAACGGGGGAUAUUCCCGUGCUUUAUCUAUCACCAACAUGACUUGGAUGGCUGGACUGAUGACUGGUCCUCUGCUAGCGGAAUUGAUCAUUGGACAUUUUGGCUACUUCGAGUUGCAGUGCUCUCUCGGGAUCAUGACCCUGGCUUUUCUUGGCUCGCCUGUGCCAAAAUUCGCAGAGCAAGUGGACGAAGAUGAAGCGUGA